AUGAGAGUUGAAACGUGCCACUUUUGCUCUAGGCCUGUUUACCCUAGCAAGGCCCCGCCCAGUCUUAUCAGGUUUAAGCUAACUUUUACCACCCAUCAGAACUUCAAGGCUAAGCGGCAACCGAGACGUGUGAAGUGGACCAAGGCCGGUCGCGCUGCCAAGGGCAAGGAGAUGAUUGUCGACUCGUCGCUGGUGCUGUCCCAGUUCGCCAAGAAGAGAAACGUCCCCGUCAAGUACGACAGAAACCUGGUUGCGGCGACUAUCAAGGCGAUGGAGAGAGUGGAGGAGAUCCGGCAGCGCAGGGAGCGUGUGUUCACGAAGCGUCGUUUGGCAGGCAAGCUUGCGCGGGACCGCAAGCGCGAGGCGGAUCGCAAGGUGGUUAUGGAGGGCGAGCAUCUCAUUCGCAAGGAGCUCCGCGAGCGGGAAGAGGGACAGCCGUUGGUGGCCGAGACUGCCAAGGCAAGCAGACUGCACGGAGAGGAGCGUCUCAGACAGAAGAAGAAGACCAGAAUGUUGGUGGAUGGAACUACUCAGGAGGAGAUGGAUGUCGACUAA